UUUCUUAAGGUUUUCACAUGGUAUGUGAUAUUGUAAGUGAUAUUUAGUACAUUAAUUGUGUCCCAAAGCAAAGUGAAGCAAACUGUGACAGCAGAGAAGUAGUUUUGGGACAAACGGUACAGAAAUAGAUGUUCGUAGCGCUUGAAGGCUACCAUACCAUUCCCUUGAAAUUUACACAAGCAGGCGUGGGAACGGUGGGAACGAAAAGAAUUGACAUUUUCAAUUUGGAAAUGACCCAUUUACCCAAUGAGUAUAAAAGAGAGGUGAGGAGGAAACUUACUAACCAGGGGGAAUCUAUCUGUCAAAAAUCGUGAAACAAUGACCAACACAUUUGGCAACAAGGCGUCUGUAUGUUUUGGUUUUUGUCGUUUUGAUCGAAGUAAAAUGGAACGUUCUUUUAUCAAAACUUGAGAAAUCGCGGAGAACUUUUAUUAAUAAUGCGUUUCGUAGUGAAAUUUUGGGACAGCAACAAGUUUUUGACGAAAAUUGAUGAUGUUUUAUCGUCACAUUGGUAAUUUAUCAAACGUCAUGGACCAACAAACUUCAUGGACCAGACUUGAUCUGCGAUAACGCACACAUAUAUGAAAUUUGACAGCGGUAAAUCCCCUCUGUUGCUAACACUUGCACGCGCCCCUCUGCUCACCCCCCUCUGCCAAUAGUUGAUGCCAAAUAGUGACGUAGCUAUUUGGAUUUACCAUUGAGUUCGUCUAGUUGCUUACAUUUGAAACAUUUACUAAUACUAGAAAAAUGCACUCUCCUCCUCACCUCUCUUUUAUGCUCAUUGCCAUUUACCUAUUUGUGGAAACUGGUGAACAGAUUUUUUUUACAAAAAUUACUGUGGGAAAUUCUGCAAGAUUCGAAGCUUUGCUACCGGUCAUCGAAAGUCCGGUUCGAAAUUGGAUUACACGAACAAAACAGAAUACGUCAAAAAUCAAUUAUGGAAGAUGACAUCGAGGUUCUGCUGGUUCCGAAAAUCUGCGGUUUCCCCAAAAUAGAAAGGCAAACCGGCGGGUUGCUAAACGGAAGCUUCGCAAAAAAUUGAUUAGAAAAAAAAGGUCCAAGCCGCUCGAAAUUGAUCGACUGGUCAUUUGGUAUGGGAAACGGAGCGCGCAAAGUCUAUCUGUGCUCAUCGUGCUCAUAUAUGUAGCGCAAACUUUCGAACACUAAACAAUGAAAGGAAUUCCACUCCACACAGCCAAUCGUCUCCAGAGAUGGGCUCUUACGCUACUUGGAUUUGAUUUCAACGUGGAAUAUAUUUCAACUGACCAGUUUGGAUAUGCAGACGUUCUCUCCCGGCUGAUCAACAAACACGAGAAACCAGAUGAAGAAUUUGUAGUUGCUACAAUCGGCAUCGAAGAAGAGUUGGAUAACGCCUUAUGUGAUUCGUUCAGCAAUCUUCCAGUCACGUUCGAAAUGGUUCGCUCAGCCACAAAGAAAGACAAGCUGCUUCAGACGGUUAUCCAGCAUAUCAACACUGGUUGGCCAGCAGAUAAACAAAUCACUGAUCCAAGUCUAAACACGUUUUGUUGCUGGCGAGAAUCUCUUUCAAUCAUCAAGGAUUACAUCAUGUUCUGCGAUCGCAUCGUAGUUCCAGCUGUAUAUCGUGGUCGAAUCCUGAAGCAGGUUCAUCGCGGUCAUCCUGGAAUGGACCGGAUGAAGUCGAAAGCAGAAGGUCCUUGGAAACGAAUUCAUUUGGACUAUGCCGGACCUAUCGAGGAAAUGUACUAUCUGGUCAUCGUUGAUUCUUUCACCAAGUGGCCAGAAAUCUUCCAAUCUGCUUCAUCAACGGCGCCAUUGACAAUAGGAUUAUUAAGAGAGACUUUUGCAAGAUUUGGAAAACCUGAUGCACUGGUUACGGAUAACGGAAGUCAAUUUUGCAGUGGCAUAUUAAAGCAGUUCUGUGAGAAAUCCGUAAUCAUUCACAUUAGUACCGCGCCCUACCAUUCACAGUCAAACGGCCAGGCGGAACGAUUUGUGGACACACUCAAUCGUUCACUGCGGAAAAUUACAGACGUGGAAAACAUACCAUCAUCCGAAGCGCUGCAAACCUUUCUUCAAGUAUACCGCUCAACGCUAAGCAACGUGUUGGAAGGAAAAUCCCCGGCAGAAGUAAUGUUUGGCAGACCAAUGACGAUUACACUUGAUUUGCUUCGUCCUACGGGAAUCAAUCAAGCUCAAUCCACGUCAACUUUGCUAUCACCUUCCGCCACAACUCUAACUGCUGGAGCAAUGGUAUACGCCAAGGUCCACAAGAACGCCAAAACCUAGACAUGGAAACCUGGAACUAUCAUUGAAGCAUUUGGAAAGGUGAAUUUCAAUGUUCUACUGGAUCAAGGUACGGGACGCAGAAAACUCAUUCAUUCCCAUGCAAAUCAACUACGCGCUAGGUAUGAUGACAUCCAGCAGCCAUCUCACGAAGUUCAUCUACCAUUGGCAGAACUGAUUGCAGAUUUCAGAUUACCGGUUCCUGUUCAAUCGAAUUUGAAUCCAGAACCAUCCAGCAGCUCCGGUUCAAGACUAGCUAUACCCAUUAAUGAUUCCGCCAACAGCCUGGAUGAAACAAUGCGGACAGCUUCACCAACAAUGAUUGCAUCAACGCCUAUAGUAAUCCCGUUAAGAAAUGAUGAAGUCACACCUCGCCCAGUCUGAUGCUCAAAACCGCCAAGACGAUUGGAGGAUUACAUCCGGUACUGAAAUAAAGGGGGAGAUGCUACCACCAGCUAGACAACUGAGUAUGCGAUGAUUAAAUGUGAAAACUUAGUUGUCAGAGAAAAGUAGAAAAUAGAUUCAUUCUAUUACAAGCUCUUGUUCAAUCGAGACGUUCUUUAAUAAAUAGUCAAUAGUUUUGAACAUCUUUCAUUUGUAACAGUUUCAAUUCAAAAGUUUUUAAAUUACAAAUUCUAAUAUCUAAUUUAAAUUCUAAUUUUUAUUACUAAUAUUUCUUUAGAACUUUUUAAUACAGGGGAUAAGAGGAUAAGGAUAGGACGUGGUUCGUCUCGUUUUCGAUUCAGUAUCCUAUCCAUUAUUGCUCCUUCCUUUCUUUCCUCUGUCACGUGAACACGUGAAAUCUAGCUGGGCCUGGGCCGGAAAAAUGGACCGAUCUGCACCACCACGGAUAAAGUCUGGCUAGGUCGAGCCCGAAAAACCGAUUUGUUGUUGGUGGGAACCGUAGUAACGUUGCUUGGUUAGCGAGUGUUGUGGAUGGCGGAAAAUUAAAUAAUUUCUUCCUAAUAAUUCCAAUCAAGCAAUGUUUUGAAUAACAGUAGCUCGUAGCCAAUCUUUUGAGUUAUGUUGCGCACAACGGGUUACUACGAUUACUAAUUUCUCUCGUAGACAAAAAUCGAAAGUGACGGUAACCGCUGUUGUAAUGGCUGUAAUCUAUUCAAUUGUACCGGUACGUCCCAAACCACAUAUCAGCGAAAUUUAAUCAAAGUACAGACUUGUAUUUUUGCCUUCCACCAUUUAUUGUACCAAUCUAGAACCCUACUUAAAGUUUGGGCUUGGGAAUGCCUUCCGGAGUGAUCUUGUACACCAGCUUGUGUGCCUCGUCGUAGUACGGAUUUGUCGCCUCCCGGACCCGUGCCAUCCAAGCAGUCAGAUUGGGUCUUCCAGCGCACACAUCGUAUCCUGCCAUUUCUGUAAGACAGCGACAAAAGAA